UAUACGUAAAGGUAGGUAGUUUGCGUGUGUGCAUGUAAUUGGGUGCGUGGAGUGAACGAGCGUGCAGUGAUUGGUGGAGGUGAGGACGCAGGCGAGGUGUGGCGGGUGUGGGCUCCCUGCUGUGCUGUUCACUACGUUACCUGACGACAUGGCGACUAGACGGGUGACUGUGGCGGCGGUGGUGGCCCUGGCGGUGGUGGCAGCCGCGGGGAUGGCCAUGGCUAUGGAAGAGGCUAGUCCCCGACAGGAUGAAGGGAACUUAACUACCAUAGUGGAGGAAAGCCUAGAUGAAUUAGUGGACGCCAUAGAGGAAGGGCUGGGUUUGGAUGACGGGGACCUGUCUACCCUGGCAGACUCGCCCACCUCAAGUUUCGGAAACGUUGUGUACAGCACGGUGGGCUUCGUGCUGGGAGGCCUGAUGCUCUUCGUCUCCAUCUUCGACACCACGAGGAAGCCUGUUAUAAUGUUCUUUGAGAACAUCUUCGGGGGGCGACAAACGAGGCGCCGCAGGGAGGUGAGCGCAGGUCUGGAUGCGCAGGUGGCGGCAGCUUUCCACGCCUUUACCUCCGCCGUGGACAAGAUGGAUGUCAUCUUACGAAUGGCGAGUGACCGGAAGUAAUUUGAGAAUGUUAUGGUCAGAUUAUGUAAAAGAGUAUUAAUAAAAUGCUAAUACAUUUUUAUAAA